AGGUUAGGAAGAUCAUCAAGGAGAAAAAGGAUGAUCCUGGAAUUUCUGAAUACCUUGAUAUGGAAAAGGAACUUGAAGAGGAGCCAUGCCAACAAGGCACUAAGGCAGCAUGAAAAAGGCAGCUUGCAACAUUAUUGGGGCAUUUAGAUUUUAGUGUAACACAUUGAAAGGUGAGAAGGUUGAAUAUGCCAAUGGUAGGGACUAUCUGAGCAACCAUAUUAAUAGUAAUGAACACUGCAUCUAAAGUUCCAUGGCUUCAAAGUUGUCCAUUACCCUUUGUCUUGAUUGAUUGCAGGUCUGUGUCUCAUGGUUAUUACAUUAACGGAAGAGCUUUUGGCAACUGCAAGUCAAAGUGGGAAUGCCCAAAGUGAUGCAGGUCUAUCACCACCGAAUUAUUCGGGCGGGCUGCAGUCAGAGGCACUGGAUGACCCUUCUCAAUCCCAUGAGAAGUUUGCAGUUGGGACUAAAGUGCAAGCUGUGUGGAGUGAAGAUGGGGAGUGGUACACUGCAACAAUUGAAGCUUUGACGGAAAACGGCUAUUAUGUAAGCUAUGAGGGCUGGGGAAACAGGGAAGAGGUUGACCCUGCUAAUGUAAGGCCACUUGAGGAGGAAGCUGCUGAUGCUUUGCGACAGGCUGAAAAGGAAGCUGAAGCUACCAAAAUGGCAAUAAAAAGGAAAAUUGAACAAGCAGCAACAUCCGACUUUCAGAUGCGUAGCUUACCCACCAAACUUCGUAUUGAUCCAAAUGAUACUGAAGAUGUGAAAGCUGCGAAGCGUAAGAAGAUUCAUGCAUUCAAGUCAAAAGCCCGCUUUGAGCAACUAGAAUUUGCACAAAACAAGCGGCAGAAUGCAUGGCAGCAGUUCCAAACAACCAAAGGGAAAGCUAAAAAGGUCGGCUUCUUUUCCGGCCGCAAAAAGGAGAGCAUCUUCAAGUCACCAGAUGAUCACAGAGGCAAGGUUGGUGUCACCGGGAGCGGGAAAGGCCUGACCGAGUUCCAGAGGAGGGAGAAGCACCUGCAUCUCAAGGAUGGCUCUUCUGAUGCAUUGGACGGUGAGGAAUAAACCGGCUUAGGCUUUUAGUUCAUGAGAAGGCGUAUCAAACACUGACGUAUUGCCGGACCUGGUCUAAGUGGAGUUUGUAAUCUGUAACAAUGUAUGCUCAACCUGUCCAAACUAGAAAUAACAUCACAUUACAUAGAGCUAUUAAUGUCUAUCAAUCUCCU